UGCCUUUAAUAUUUUGGUCAGUUAAUUGGUAAAAUCCAGGGACCAGGUAAAUAUGUGGGUUAUCAGGUUAAACUCUGGAACAAAAUUGAAAGCAAAAGAGUUGAUUUUGUUUGGUUGAUCAGUCACUGCCUUUUGUAGACUCGACAAUGUAACAAGUUAGCUAUCGAUAGCUAAUAAUUCUGGAUAUCUUUGAAAACCAUCGAAAAGUUAACCUCAUUUGUUUAUUGGAAUGGAAAAGUCACCUAAAUUUAGUAUCAAUUUGAUUUGUCAGUGACAACAUUAGAUUUUUACCGUUAAAUUGUGACAAUUGUGAGAUUUAUAAACAUGAAUACUUUCCAAUCUGUUUUGAACCAUCGUUACCUUAAAUGCUCUCGACCAUGGAUCGGAUGUUUAUUUGUGGCCAUUUAUACAAUACUAACAUCUAUUUUCGAUCUUUUUUGGAGCAUUUAUCGACUUCUUGACGAACAUCAUCCAUUUGUAUUUUUCCUUUUUUUUAUGCUAGCAUUGGAAAGCAUCGUGUUCUUAGCUGUUUCCUGUUUUAUGGUGUUAGCUUUAAUCAAAAACAUAAGAUGGUUGCUUUUGCCUUGGAUGAUUAUUGCCAUUGUUGACAUAACUUUAGCAUUUGCCUUGCUAUUUGUUCAGAUUUCAUUACCGAACCGUGAUUAUGGAGCUCCAUGUGUAAUGGCUGUCUUUGAAUUGGCAGUCACCAUUUUAGUCCAAGGAGUUCUGGUUUAUGGAUUGCUCUUGGUUUUCAAAUAUUAUGUAGAGCUGGAUGAAAAACGCGUAGAUACAAUUACUAAAGUGGCCCCACAUCAGGAUAUUGUUUCAAUCGAUCGAAGAGAUGAUUCAAUAGAAGUAAUGAGCCUUCAAAAAGAUGACGAAUGAAACAAAAACAAGAUUAAUUGGCGUUAUUGUAACAUUAACACUCGAGUGUUUAUCUCGAAGAUUGAAACUCUGGAAAUCGACGCUUAUGAUUUUUUACAAUUCAUUAGUAACAGAUACAAUGAUUUAAUUACGGCAUUACGGUGCAUUCUUCUGCUUUUAUGCUAAUCAAAUGUCCAAUCAUUCACAAAAAGAUCACCAAACAAUACUUCAUUUCAUUUUUUAAUUGGUCUUUUUAUUCAUCAAUAUUUGUAAGACCUAAAUACAAAAUACUUUAAUCAUUGUAACAACUUGUUGGUUUGAUUAAACUUGAAAAUUUACAAAACUUUAAACAAUAAUUGUUUUUAUUUGUGAUUAAUAAAAAUAAGCUUUUUAAUAGUUACGUUAAGUAAUUUUGCAUCACAUGAAUUGAACAUUUGGUAGAAAAUUAAAAUUUGAUGUAUGCAAUCCAUAAAAAGAGUUGACUUUUCAAAAUUAUUAAAUACUAAAAA